CAACGCCUCUGCGAUUUUCUGCUCUCUGGCUUUCGUCUUUCGUAGUAGUGCCGUGGAUAUGUGAACUGAUGUGAAUGGGCCAAUGAAUCAACAUUUCUACACCAACAUUCGUUCAAGGCGCAAGCCAGAUGCUCUCAUCAUGUUCACAUAAAAUUACCCGUUUAAAAUGAACACUCCUCCGGUAUCGCGACACCAUGGUCUGAACGGGAAAGAUCGGAGGCUGUCAGGUGGGGAUCUCCGGGGACUCGACCAACAGCGACAGCAUGAAAGACAACCACGACUGUGAUUUCGAGCCCGCGCUGGAGUUUGACGAUACGGAACUUGUGCAGAGCACCCUCGGGACACAUGGAAACGUUGCAACCAAAGAAGGGGACGUGUGUGCCGUCGGAAGUGGUGAAGAUGCUGACAGCGGCACCACCACCACCCCGUACCUGGACUCCCCCUCCUCGCUCUCGGAGGGCAUUCUGGACGACAACUACGAAGCCGUCCUGGGGCUGGACCUGGACGGAGUAGAGGCGGAGUUCGACCUUCGUCCGGAGGAGGACUUUGAGGACGUCGCCCGUUACGGCAUUGUGGAAAUCGCUGGUGACGACGCGUACGGCAGAAACGUCAUCGUCAUCUCGGCCUGCCGACUACCUUCCAACAAGCAGCUCAAUCAUCCAAAGUUCCUCAGGUAUCUGAUGUACACGUUGGACCAGUUUGUGGAGAACGACUACACGCUGGUCUACUUCCACCAUGGCCUGAACAGCAAGAACAAACCUUCCCUCUCGUGGCUCUGGACAGCCUAUCGGACAUUUGACAGAAAGUACAAAAAAAACCUCAAGGCCCUCUACCUCGUUCAUCCCACUGGCUUUCUCAAGAUACUGUACCAGCUGUUUAAGCCGUACAUCAGCGUAAAGUUUGGUCGCAAAAUAUCCUACAUGAAUUACCUGCAUGAGCUGAGGCAGCACCUGCACUACGACCAGCUGAGGAUUCCCGAAGAGGUGCUCGAGCAUGACAAGAAACUUGUGGCCAAGUUGAGGGGUCCGCCGGCCCAGCAGAGCGGAGGAGGUCAGCGUGUGGCACAGCCGCCUGAGCCAUGCCAGCAGUUCAGGGUCAGCCUGGAACACAUCCUUCAACAGAACAGAGGCAACCCCAUUCCCCGGGUGGUCGAGGAGUGUAUCACUUUUCUGGACAAUGACAACGCCCUGGAGACCGAAGGAAUAUUUCGCCGGUCCGCCAACACGCAGGUCGUCAAGACGGUCCAGCAGCUCUUCGACCGAGGACAAGAAGUGGACUUUGGACAGUACGAAAGCGUACACGUUGCUGCAGUCAUCCUCAAGACAUUCCUACGAGAACUUCAAGAGCCCCUUCUUACGUUUGACCUCUACGACGAUGUCAUGCAUUUUCAAGAACUUGACCAGUCCGAGAAGGUAUCCCAAGCGCAACACCUGCUCCUGGAGCGUAUGCCUCACAGCAACUACCAGCUGCUCAAGUACAUAGUGGAGUUCCUCGCCAAGGUCAUCGACCGCAGUGACCUCAACAAGAUGACUGCGUCCAACUUGGCAAUAGUGUUCGGUCCCAACCUGCUCUGGUCUCGGGAAGAAGGGGCUUCCUUGAGUUCCAUAACGCACAUCAACCAGUUCACGGAAUACCUGCUCAGGAACCACCAGCUGCUCUUCACCAAAUGAGUCCGAUCUGACACACGAAUGAUGCAGCAUUUAAGGCCGAGAGGGAACAGACAAUCUUAUUGUUUUAUGCCUACGGGUAGAUGUAAACUGUGCGGGUGGAGAUUGUCAGUGGCAGCAUCUGCCAGAGGGUGGCACGUAGAAUAUUCCUUUUGAAGCUGUUGCUUUUGCAGAAUCGCGGUUCACAGGUUCAUCUCCGUGAUUUAGGUUUUUGACUUCUAGUAAUCAUCGAGUUAAAUGGCCAGUUACAGUUAAAGUUAAUUGAGUAGUUUAUGUUAAAACAGCUACCAUUCCUUGCGUCUGCAUGUUACAUGUGGACUGUAAAAGGAAUCUGGUAGGCAUCUGUUAAUUGACCAGCAUUCGAUCCUCGUUUGGGUCCUUUUUGCUUCAUUCUGUGAAACAAAGUCACGUCAUCGUGAUGUAUCAAAACAUGCUCUGAAGCGCCAGAACCUAACAGGUUAUGAUGGAUCAUUCCUUGGCUUCUCAAAUGUUUGCCUUAGACCCGUCCAUCCAGUUUCUGGUGCCCUUCUGCAGACUCUGAAUAGUUUUGCAUUCCACUCUAUAGCCUCAAGAACCUUGGCACUUCCGAUAGAUAUAGGAGAGGUCGACAGCCUUCUGCAAAUCACAGGCACGUGCUAAGUGCAGCCCGUCGCCACGGUGACAAGCUGCGUGUCAUGCACUCCCGAGACAACGGCAACAGCCAGAUAUUUCAAACAUACGUCCGAUUGAGCUCGCGACAGAGCAUGCGAAAGCCAAAGAGCAAUUCCGCACAAAGCCUUGUACAUAAGAGUUUGUAAAUAACCUACUACUACACAUUUUAGGACAUUAAUGUGCGUGCAAUGGCAGAUUUGUACGACAACGUCCCUCGGACGUCCAGAAAUGGUCCUUCUCGUUGUCCAGAAGAUCUUCGGAGCACAGUUCUCGGCACAUAUGCUUCCCUGUAAUACUUAAACUCGUACAUAAAUUAAGAAUGUGUUUUCUUCCAUUUGGAAACGUAUUUUGGCUGCAUGGGAACUUUGCAGAGACUGAAAGAAAUUGAGAUCUGACUCGUACCAGUGUAAUGCAAAACUGAAGAGAAUUGUGAUUAUGUACAGCGUAUAUAAUUGUCUCGCUGCAGUCUGACUGGUUAAUUCAGUUUCUAAAAAAAAUCCUGCCACUGACAUAUCAUGGUUGCUUCUGAAGACUAGUUCUCUAAUGACCAGACAUGGGACAAGCAGUAAUGAUGUUGUCUAUGUGUUGCCCGAUGUCACACAAUGUCAUGCCAAAGUACAGUGUUUGAGCAGCUUGACAGACACAGGACAUAACAAGAUUCAAGAUUAGUUUCUCACCAUUCGCCUCACCAAGGUGUGCAUGAGACGCGAUCUUUCAGCAGUGUAUUGUAGAAGUCCUUUUAUCCGGUGUGGAACUGUUUUGCACGUGCCCUCCAAGAUCGUAAAAUUAACUUCCCACGGAUAUGUCUAUUCAUUUGGCGGAAACCUUUCUUGUUCCGCAUCAACCGCUCAACGUGGACACAGUUUUUGACCUAUAGUGUGCCGGGAAUCUUUUCCACGGGACAGUAACUACGUGCAAAUACCGAAUUUGUACAGCUUUACUUAGAACUGCAUUCACUCACGCUUGGCUCGGCUUGGCUUGGAUUAGAACGGUGCCUCAAACAUGCUUUGUGGAUUUAAGUUCAUGCAAAUCUAAGCAAAUCUGCUCGAAAACACAAAUAUUUUCUUAUAUAUACAAAUAUAUAACUUUCCCUUUUGAUUGGUCACCUUCGUAGCAUAUGCAACAUUGCAGGCAGGUGGGACAUUAGAAGUGUUUUUGGUGAACACUAGUGUAGGGGACACGUUUGAACUCCAAAACCCCGGUGAAAGUGGAAAUUAUUCACGGUCCUAAGGUGCGCUUUAUCUCUCAAAUCACUCAGUCUGUGACACAUCCGCCGCUGAGUGACAUCAACGAGUCGCAUAUAAGAGGAGGAACUAUGUUGAACUAUGUCACCAUCAUUGCCAUGCUCACAUGUCGGGUCUCUUCAUUUUAUGUUGCGCUCGUUGCUCUAGUGCUAGAAAGUUCCGCAAAAGUGUUGUGAGCGCACUGCACCAGUUCGAACAGUUGAAGUGAAGUCAUCAUCUACGCUGCCAACGCGGAUGUAGUUGAUGUAGUUCCACUCUUCCUGCACUUUCUAGCCGUCGUGCAGGAUGGUUAUGAAUACGAACUCAUCCACAACUAGGAGCACACUUUUACAAAACAAAUAGGAAAUUGGCAGAGGGUACGUGUGGCAUUGGAAAAGCCAAACACAUAAGCGCUGCACCGCUUCAACUGGUGCCGCGAGUUCAGCCAAACCGAAGAGACCUCUUGACAGCGAAGUGUUGUCACAACAGCGGCAUCCUCUUAAUCUAUUCCUCGGCACUCGGGCUGUGCAUUUCUCGCCCUCUAGUCAGCUUUGCGAUUGGAAGGCUUUAACCACCUGAAAGUUAGAAGCCACUUAAUGAAGAACUGUCAACGGUUGAGGCUCCAACUUAAUCUAAGUCACUUCUAUUCUAUGUAUGUGUGUGUGGCACCCCUUCCUGUACAUAGUUUUUGUACCCCCACAAAUAACUACACAGUUACCAUUGAGUGUAAAAAGGAGUUGUGUGUAUGUACUAACAACGAUCUGAUUGAACGUCUCACUAAGAACUGGUAAAGAGCAAGGAGUUUGUCAUUGUGCCAUCUAUGUUAAGAAAAAAAAAAAAAGGUGCAAUAAAAUUGAUAAGAUA